UUAUACAUCAAGAUGUUACGCAGAAAAUACCCAGAUCAAAACAAACGUGUAUACCUACGAAUGAAUAGAAUUGUUUGUAUUGUGGGAAAUAAAACGAACCUGCAGCCAUUAGAGUGAGGUGUCAACCACUACACUAUGAAGAUAACGAUGAGUCGAAAGUCUAUUGAAUUUGAAGAUGAAGAGUACGUUGAUGUACGGAGCCUACCUCUGAAACCGCCGCAGCCAGCGCUUCUGCCUGAAAGGCCGUCACGCCGCCCCUGGCACCCAGUUAUGUGGGAUGAUUCAAUAGCAGGGAAGCCUAAUACAACUGAGCAGUUACAAGCAGAACAGCAACAACCUGUAUCGCAUGAGUAUCCGCACAAGCAGCGCAUCCGCAAUCUUCGCAGACUCAUAGCUGAGGGCAAAGUGAACCCUACUUCAGAGACGCUGAUCUUUUUCCUAUGCAAUAAGUUUGCCGUUUCUGAAGAACGACAGGAUAAAAUAUCUGUUUGAUUGCUUUAUAUUAAAUCGUUUGAAAAUUAUAGAAUGUUGUAAAUUGUUAUGAUAAAAUUUUCGUAAAAUGAAGUGAUAUGAACAGGGUUGUAAAUACAAAAGAUAAUUUUGUAAAAAUCUAGCCUUUUAA